GCAGAACUUCCACCACUUCAGUUGCCUGCUGGCACGUACAAUCCCGUAAACAAGCGUGUUGUGUAUGUUGGGGGUCUGGCUGAAGAGGUAGACAAGGAGCUGUUAAGAGCAGCUUUCAUUCCAUUCGGCGACAUUAUUGACAUAAACAUGCCCCUCGAUUAUCAGACAGAAAAGCACCGCGGAUUCGCCUUUAUCGAAUUUGAGGAAGCCGAAGAUGCCAUUGCCGCGAUUGACAAUAUGAAUGAGGGAGAAAUUUUCGGCAGAACUAUACGUGUCAACGUUGCGCGUCCAGUCCGAAUUCGUGAAGGCUAUGGAAAAGCAGUGUGGUCGGACGACAACUGGUUGAAGAAGUAUGGCGGCUUGGGCGUUGAGGGAUCGAAGCCGGACGAGUCGGUUGUUGUUCAGCCCGGCGAUCCAUCCACUGAAGUCAACCCAGAUGAAGAGGUUGCGGACGAUGGCACACCGGGCGGUAAGAAGACCAAAAUCGCGUUGCCGCGCGUCUUCAUGGACAUCCGCAUCGGCGACUCCGACGUGGGUCGGCUUGUCAUCGAGCUGCGCAAGGACGUUGUGCCACGCACCGCCGAGAACUUCCGCGCGCUCUGCACCGGCGAGCGUGGCUUCGGCUAUCGCAACUCCACCUUCCACCGCAUCAUUCCACAGUUCAUGUGCCAAGGCGGCGACUUCACUCGCGGUGAUGGAACCGGCGGCAAGUCAAUCUACGGACGCAAAUUCGAUGAUGAAAACUUCCAGCUCCGACACGACGCGCCAGGCGUUCUUUCAAUGGCUAACUCCGGCCCCAACACCAACGGUUCUCAAUUCUUCAUUUGCACAGAACCCUGCGAUUGGCUCGAUGGCAAGCACGUGGUGUUCGGUCGUGUCGUUGAAGGCAUGAACGUAGUCAAGCGAAUAGAGGCUACUGGAACUAAGUCUGGGACACCGAAGGAGCCAGUUCUUGUCACGUAUUGUGGCGAGCUUGUGUAA